CCUUGCUCUUCGCUCUACUAACACCCCCAUAGGUCUUACAACAACAUCCCUACCACCGCACCAUGACCUUCAAAAUCGCUGAUAUCAGUCUCGCUGCCUUUGGCCGCAAAGAGAUCGAGCUUGCCGAGAAUGAGAUGCCCGGUCUUAUUGCUCUCCGUCAAAAAUAUGGGCCUCAGCAGGUGCUAAAGGGCGCCCGCAUCGCCGGCUCGCUCCACAUGACCAUCCAGACUGCCGUUUUAAUCGAGACCUUGACCGCUCUCGGCGCUGAGGUUACCUGGACUUCCUGCAACAUCUUCUCGACCCAAGACCACGCUGCUGCCGCCAUUGCCGAGUCUGGUGUCCCUGUCUUUGCUUGGAAGGGAGAGACGGAUGAAGAGUACAUGUGGUGCCUCGAGCAGCAGCUCCGCGCGUUCAAGGACGGCAAGGGUCCCAAUAUGAUCUUGGACGACGGUGGUGACUUGACCACUCUCAUUCACGAGAGUCACCCGGAACUUCUGGACGAGAUCAAGGGCAUCACUGAGGAGACCACCACUGGGGUCCAUCACUUGUACAAGAUGCUCAAGGAGAACAAGCUCAAAGUUCCCGCCAUCAAUGUCAACGACUCUGUCACAAAGUCCAAGUUUGACAAUCUCUACGGAUGUCGUGAGUCCUUGAUUGACGGAAUCAAGCGCGCCACCGAUAUCAUGAUUGCUGGAAAGGUUGCUGUCGUUGCCGGAUACGGCGAUGUCGGUAAGGGUUCUUCUGCUGCCCUCAAGGGCAUGGGCGCCCGCGUCCUUAUUACUGAAAUCGAUCCCAUUAACGCUCUCCAAGCUGCCAUGGAGGGCUACGAGGUCACUACGAUGGAGGAAGCCGUCAAGGAGGGUAACAUCUUUGUCACCACCACCGGCUGCCGUGACAUUAUUCGUGGCGAACACUUCUCGGCCAUGAAGGACGAUUCGAUUGUCUGCAACAUUGGCCACUUUGACAUCGAGCUGGAUGUCGCCUGGUUGAAGAAAAAUGCUGUCGCUCACGUCAACAUCAAGCCCCAGGUUGAUCGCUUCCAGAUGCCCUCCGGCAACCACAUCAUCCUCUUGGCCGAGGGCCGCCUGGUUAACUUGGGAUGCGCUACGGGUCAUCCUUCGUUUGUCAUGUCCAACUCGUUCUCAAAUCAGGUCUUGGCCCAAAUUGCACUCUGGACCGAUAAUGGGUCCUACCCUCUGGGUGUCCAUAUGCUUCCCAAGAAGUUGGACGAGGAGGUCGCUGCUGCUCAUUUGGACAAGAUUGGAGUCAAGUUGACCAAGUUGACCACUGUUCAGACUGAGUACCUUGGCCUGAACGCUGAAGGCCCCUUCAAGCCUGAGCACUACCGCUACUAAG